UCUUAGGACUUUUCUACACUUUUGGAAUGUAAUUUUAUGCGCAAAUGCAUUUUUGCAGUCAAUUCCAAGUUUUAAAGUCUCUAAUUUAAUUCUCAGAAGUUAUCUUUUUCCCUGUUUACUCUGCCCUUUUUGUGUUCAGCUGUCGACAACCUCCACACAUAAAGCUUAUACGAUUUUCUUCGAGUUGAUUCUUAGUCUCCUGGACUGAAUAUAAAGCAUCUCAAUCUUAAUUACCUCAAUUCUCACACAGUCUCAACAGCAAUUUUAUACCAAACAUGCCAAAGGUCAGGCGAAGCAAGAAAGCGCCACCAGAAGGUUGGGAAUUGAUUGAGCCGACGCUCGAAGAAUUGGAACAGAAAAUGCGAGAAGUUGAAAAUGAACCUCAUGAAAACAGAAGAAAAGUGGAAUCUCUGUGGCCAAUUUUUAAAAUACACCAUCAAAAAUCUCGAUACAUAUAUGACUUGUUCUACCGCAGGAGAGCUAUUUCCAGAGAACUCUAUGACUACUGUCUACAAGAGAAGAUUGCAGACGGUAAUUUGAUAGCCAAAUGGAGGAAGCAAGGAUAUGAGAAUUUAUGCUGCUUACGUUGCAUACAGACCAGGGACACAAACUUUGGCACUGCCUGUAUUUGCCGAGUUCCCAAAGCAAAGUUAGAAGAGGGUCGUGUUGUAGAAUGUGUUCAUUGUGGUUGUCGUGGAUGCUCAGGAUAAGUGAUCAAUGGGACGAAUACUAAACUCCUCAUUAAAUACAUCAGCUUUCAAGGUUGUAAUUUCAAAUGAUAAAAAAAAGUCAUUUUUGAAUAAUGAGACUCCAUCCUGCAAGUUUCUCCAAGUUUACCAGACUUUCGUAUAUUACACGAAAUUUUUUAAAUCAGAAUGACCGUUUGAAUACCAUCAUGUUAAGUCACGAACAUCCAGCAAUCAAAACUCGUCAUCUUCAAAAUCGCAGCUCUCAUUAGCGGAUUCACUUAACCCUCAAAUUAACUUUGUCUCCUCUUUGAUUGUGCUCUCAAUUUCUCUCAUGAUUUUCUAUCCUUGAAAUAAUAUUUUCUUACUUAUCAUAUUUGCAAUAGGUCUGUUACAAAGUUUUUCCGAAGCAAGAAUAAGAGUAGUUUGAGAGAGAUAUUGCUCUAAAAUCAGGAUGAACACAUCUGGCGAGUCUGACAUUCCCUCCUUACUUCACAAUCUACUCAAUAAAUUUGCGCAUUUUUUAGCCUCCUGCUUUCAAAGGCAUACUAUGACAAAGGCAUGAUUUGAUUUAGAUGAGUCCCUACUGUUUUACAACUUUAUGCGAAACUCAAACUGCUGCCAUGCUUCGCAGUUUUUUAAUCAAGAACCACAUCAAAAGGUCAUUAAUUCAACAUCUUCACUCUCCUAAUUUCCAAGGUAAAUUCAAUUAUUAGAGAGUAUUUUUGUGUCUGUUUUUAUUUCAGGAACUGUGUCACAUAACGGCAGCCAAUUUCGCUGUAAGAAACCAAAGCAACGCACCUGUGUCCAUUCAUGUCUUUGCUGUAGUAUAUUUUUUAAAUCAGGAAGCUCAAAAAUAUGCGAAAUUGCACACGCAGAUUGUGAGGCACGGAGUAAAUUUUAAAUUUCAUUCUUCUCUUUGAGCCAUUUUCCAUGAGAAACAACUCCUGUCAUCACUCCUGAAAAAGUUUAUGACUCACUUAUCACAUAAUUGUUGGACUUCAUGUUGAUCUCUCACGAUCGUUUAUUAUAUCUAACCCUCUGAAACGAAGCACCCAAGUUCUUUUGGAGAAUCUUCAUCAGUAGCAUUUUUCGUAAACUUUUGACACUCAUUAUUGUUUAUUAAAUCCAUAGAUUCACCAUUGGUUUGUUCUGUUUUAUUACUGUUCGAAAUUUUGCCUAUUUUUCAACAAAGACUCUUAAAUAAACAUGGAUUCAUCUCUAUUGUUUCUUUUCA